AAAAAAAAAAAAAAAAAAAAAAAAAAAGACCUAGGAGAUCUAAGAGACCAAAGAUACCACCACUAAGGAGACCUAGUUGCCUUAUAAAGCUCCAUAUCUCCACAUCCUCCCAACCUUUCCUUUCCACUCUUUCGUUUUCUUCAAGUAUCAGCUUAAUCCUAGCACAGCAUCCAUAUUUCUUAACUACAACCUAUUCAGUAGAUACACCACGCCAAUCCGUAAUCAACAAUGCGUCUCGAUAUCGCCGCCCUUACCUUGAUCGCGUUCAUCGCGCCAGCACUCGCUGCCCAGACCUACGACGUCAAUAUCGUCAAUGGAAAGUUCUCCCCCCAGGUUCUCGAUGUUGCUCCCGGUGAUACUGUCCGAUGGCCCUUGAACGACGGCGCAGACCAUGCCAUCGUCCAAACCGAACCCGGACCUCGCUCAUGCAACUCCUUGCCUGGUGGGUUCAACUCGGGUCGCAAGACCAGUGGCCAGUCUUACCAGCGCACAUUCCCGAACCAGACCGUCGUCAACUACAAGGACGGCAUUGGUGCUAACUGUGCCAAUGGUGCCACGGGAACCAUUUACGUUGGUCCCAGACCCGCCAACGCCACCGAAACCGGGAGCUCGACGACGGCCGCGACGGCCACGACGACGAGCACGGUGUCGGCCUCGAGCACGAUGACGAGUACGAUGACGGCCUCAGCCUCUCCUUCUCCUUCAUCCACAAACGGAGGAGGCGGGGCCACCACCACUACGACAGGCAUUAUCCCCACGCCCACUCACCAUAACAACGCCGAUGGCUUGUCCGCACAAAGCUCCUUGAUCCUAGGAAUUGCCGGUCUCAUUGGCGCUUUUGUUGCUUUCUAAAGAAAGAUAGAGCAGUUCUGCAAUGACCCUGUGGCCAGUGUCCGUGUGUCCCAAAGGUUGCAAACGCUCAGCGAAAAGUGGUUUUGCGACAGACGCGGUUUACAAUGGUGUCUCCUCCUCCUCAUUGCUUUAAAUCCUUGUAUAUAGCUAUUCUAAUUGAACAAAUAAACUUAAGUCUCUAUCUACGGGUG